AUGGUUACACGUUUUAUGGAAUUUGAACGUAGAACAUUACUUGUACAAUAUAUAGGUGUUCAACCAUUAACAUUUUAUGCAACAUCAGAUGGUACAGAUUUAGUUCAAGAUAUAUUACGAAAUCAAUUAGCUCGAUCAAAUGCUAAUAUAAUUGGACAAGAAGGUUCAUUAUCAAUAAAUGAUUAUGGAGAAUUUCUUACAUUUGAACCAACAGAUACACAAAAUCGAACAUUACAUUUACCUAUAGAACAUUUAGCUUUUUGUGGUGCUUUAAGACAUAUGCGUCGUGAUCCAUCUGAUCAACGUAAUCCUGAUCAAAUUUUACGACGUGAAUUUGAAAAUGUUGAUUUAGCUAAUCGUUAUGCACAAUAUAUUAUUGGUCCACCAAUAUUUGUUGCUAUAUUUCAUGGUUUUGAUAAUGCACUUUGUUAUACAUUUAUAACACAAAGUGCUGAUGAUGCUUGUCUUUUAGUUAUGAAACUUAUGCGUACAUUUAGACAAUAUGAACAACAAUUAAAAGAACAAGGACAACUAAAUCAAGGUUGUUGUUUACCUAUGCCUAUCAGUUGUGUAGAAGUACCUUCGCCUGUCGUAGUCCCACAAGGGUGCCCUUUAUACGAAUCACCACAAAUACUUUCUCCUGGAUGCAUUCAACUGCCGAAUACAGUAAAGAAUACGUAUAUUCAAAAUCCAUGUCAAGAUGAUUUAAUGCAAAAAAUUAUUUGUAAUUCAAAUUUACAAUUUAUUAAUCAACCAUGUCCAUCAUCAGCACCUGUUAUCACACAGUGCGUUGAUAAUUUACCAAUUAUACCUGCACCACCACCUUCAGUGUGCUAUCCUUCAAUCAAUCCGGGACCUGUCGUUGUACGUACGAAUAGUGCCUGUUGUCCUCCUCCUUCUUCUUGUUGUUCACUUGUUCCACAAAAAAAAAUUACACAACAGAAUUCACCUGUUGUUUCUACUAUGUUUACCAGUGGUGGUAAUAUAACUCAGUUAAUGGGUGGUGGAUCAGUACCACUAUCGACACGUCCUCCUUCUCCACCUAUUAUCGGUAUAUCCGAUGCUGAAUUUGCUCAGAAUUUAUCAAUGGGCAAUACUCUUCCUCCACAAGUCAUUCAUAGGCAAAAUAAUCAAGAAGUAACAUAUAAACAAAAUAUCAUAAUACGAUGGUUAAAACCACCAACACCUCCACCACCAGCACCAAUUAUCAUUCGAGAAAUUCAAUGUCCACCUGAAAUUGAACCACCAAUUAUUUGUCGACAAGUACCUCAAUGUCCACCAACACCACCUCCAAUUAUUAUCAGAGAACAACCACCACCUUGUCCACCAUGUGUAGAACCUUUAAUUAUUGAAAAUUGUCAACCACCUCCUUGUCAACCACGUCAAGUUUUUGUUGAACAAUGUCCACCUCCUCAACCAAAACCACAAAGAAUUAUCUAUGAAAAAUGUGUACCACAACCACAACCACGUCAAAUAAUAGUAAAACGUGAUUUUUGUCAACCAUCAUUAUGUAGUGUAACAUCACAAAAAGUUCCAUGUCAACGUAUAGUUCGAGAAAUAGUUCGACAACCAUGUACACCAGCUCAACCAGCUCUACUUUGUACAUCACAAAAAAGACAACAAAUAACUCCAGGACAAUCACAAAUUGUUCAACAAUUAGUACCUGUUUUUGCUACAAGACAGCAUGUUGUUCAACCAAAAGGUAUUCGCAUCAUUCGACAAGUAAUUGGACCAGCUCAACCAUACACAAUGAGAUAA